CUUCGGCAUCAUCGUCUCACGGUGUGGGUCGUCGUCUUCCUCUUCACAGUACUCUACCGUGUUGGUCUUCGUCUUCUUCAUCUUCACCGUGUGCAUGUGAGCAUGGAAAAAGGGAAGGAAAACCCAUCUCUGUCAACACCAUGUAGCUCAAAUCCGUCAACUGCGGAAAUCCCAACAACUGCUCCAAACUUUCCAAAUUACAUGCACGGUUACGGACCAGGGCCUGCAUGGUCACCGGCUUUUAUCACAUAUCCAAAUGCAUACCAAUGUCCAAGCAACAUUGUUAUGAAUACUGGUUAUCCAUUUCAAUAUGGGAUGAGACCUCUGACUCCUCCCAUGGCUACAAGCUCCGGAACAACCGAAAGAAUCGAAGAGGAUACACCCGGGUGUAGGGAAACUGAAGCGCCAUGUUCCUCCUCUAUGGUUUAUGAACAAGGUGAAGAUGAUAGGCCAGAGUCAGGGGAAAGUGGUUAUGGCACUGCUGAGACACCUUCGUUAGACCGAAUGGAUGAGCCUGAUAUAAUUGAGGAGCCAAAAGCGGGGAUGGAGUUUGAUUCUGUUGAGGAAUUAAUGAGUUAUUAUAAACUAUAUGCGAAGAAAUGCGGGUUUGGAUCUAUGACUCAAAGGAGUGAAAGGGAUGACGAAGGGAGUGUCAGAUAUGUGACUAUUGGUUGUGCCCGUGGGGGGAAAGCGAGGAAUAGGACAAUGAAUGUCGCCAAACCACGACCGACAGGAAAGACUGACUGUAAGGCAAGGAUUAAUGCCUUAAAAGUUAGGGGAAAGAUGCAGUUGACCACAGUUAAUAAUACCCACAAUCACGGGCUGAGUCCACAGAAAUCUCGUUUCUUCCGGAGUAACCGCGAAGUUAGUGAGACUGUAAAAAGGGUAUUAGAUACGAACGACCUAGCUGGCAUUCGAAUGAACAAGAGUUUUGGAUCUCUUGUUGUGGGUGCGGGAGGAUUUGAGAACCUGCCAUUUUUGGAAAAAGAUUGUCGCAAUUACAUCGAUAAGGCAAGACAUCUACGACUUGGAGCAGGUGGUGCUGGAGCGCUUCGAGACUAUUUUUGUAGGAUGCAGUACAAGAACCCCGGAUUCUUUGCCUUGAUGGAUUUAGAUGAUGAUGGUAGGUUAAAGAAUGUCUUUUGGGCAGAUCCACGCAGUAGAGCAGCUUAUCAAGAUUUUGGUGACGUGAUAACAUUUGACACCACGUACUUGACAAACAGAUACGGGAUGCCCUUUGCACCCUUUGUUGGUGUAAACCAUCAUGGCCAGUCGAUUCUUUUGGGAGCAGGGUUAAUUUCUAGUGAGGACACAGAGACUUUUAUAUGGUUAUUUCAGACUUGGCUGCAGUGUAUGGAUGGUAUAGCCCCACCAGCUAUUAUUACUGACCAAGACAGAGCAAUGAAAAAUGCCAUAGCCAUUGUAUUUCCAGAAAGCCGACAUAGAUUUUGCCUCUGGCAUAUACUUAAAAAAGUCCCCGAGAAGCUUGGCUCUCAUCGUGCCUACAAAAGUGGCCUGAAAACUCAACUGAUGAAAUGUGUGUAUGACAGUCAAACUAUUGAAGAGUUUGAGAAAUGGUGGGAAGAGUUAAUUAGCACAUACAGUUUGCAAGAGAAUGUCUGGUUGCAAAGUUUGUACGCCGAGAGUAUUUUUGGGCUGGCAUGA